ACUCAGGCUGCCUUCUCCUUAGAGUGGGAGCUACAGCCGGAGCCGUGCCCAGGCCGAGCCGGAGCUGCAGCCUGAGUGCGGCGGUGUCUUUCGCCUCCCCUCUCUCCCUCCUCAGCCUCGGUGAGAGGGGCGGGCAGGCCACCUGCUCCUCGACAGGGCUAGGGUCCCGGUGACGCGGGGCAGGAGCCGAACUGGGACCGGAAGGGGGCGGGCGUGGGCGUGAGGGAGGGCUGGGCCGGGCCGGAGACGAGCCCUGGGGUCGGGGUCGGGUCCGGGGGGGAUUGUGAGGGCUGGCCUUCGGGUGGAGGCCCCUGAGGCGAGAGCUGUGGGAACUGCGAGCCGCUGGGAGUUUAGGACCGGACCGUGUGGGAGAGUGAACGCCGAGGUGCAAGCCGCAGGGCUGGCAGGGGGAGGGGCGCAGACUCUGGGAGUUUGGGUCCGUCCGGAGGAGUGUAACCCUUCCCACAGGACCUGGAGGACGCGGUGGUGAUAUUGCCACCCGGUGUGUGGUUAGGGUGUGGGUUCCGCCGGCGUCUGCCUCCUGGUGGACGACUCACGGGAGUCGGAGACUAUACUUGAGAGGAGUUUGCCUCCUAACUCUGCUUUCCUGUCGCAAGUAGGGUCCGUCUUCCAGGAAGUGCCUAUCUCCUGGGACCCUGGGUCGCUUUUCGGGGGGAGGGCGUAAUGUAUGCUGAGAAGAGAAUUUAGAAGACUUUUUGCUGGAACUACCCUUUCUCAGACAGCUACAGUCCUGCGCGCUGGUUCCUCUUCUCUAAGUGCCAGUAGCAGUGGAAAUAGUGUGUGCACCGACGCUUGACCUUAAGAAAUUCAGAGUAUUUCUGCUGCCAAGCUAGCCCCGCUCCAGCUCUAGAAGGCGGACUUUCUGGUAGCCAGGAUCAGGCUUUACUUAAACUAUCAGGGUAACUAUAAUUAGGCUUCAGGGUAACUAUAAUUAGGCUUCUUGUUCGUUUGCUGUGUGACUUUGGCUAAACUUUUACCUUCUCUGGUGUGUUGAUUUCUUGGCUGCCUGCAUUGCAGACGGGCUUACAAAGUCCUUUCAGGCCUUUCUGUGGAAGGGCUUAGGAAUUUUUUUUUUUUUUUAAAUCAUCCCCUUGAUUGUCGAGUGGGCAGAGGGAGACUACUGUACCUUCUGCUCUGCCCAGGCUGUUGGAAAAUAAAUCGGAUAAUUUCCAGUCCCCAGCCACAGCACACAGACCCAACAUCUGUGCAUUCGUUUUCCCUAACUGCUCAGUUUAAAACCUGAUCAUUUUCCUUGUUGGCAAAAGUGCCUUGGAAUUUCUGUCGCUGAGUCAGCAAGCCUUUCAGAUUUGCCCGGUUUUUGUUGUUUGUGUUUUAAAUCAAGAUGGGAACUCAGACAAGUUAUUCCUCCUAAAGAUCUGGUAUCUCCAUCAAGAAGGCACAGGUCGUGCCAGCUCUCCAGAGAGAAAAGGAGGGGAGCACCAGAAGGCUUCCAGAAAAUGAUACUUCCAGACGAGUUGUGAAGAAGAAGUAGCACCGAGGAAGUUGGGGGUGAAGCCCGGCAGAGGUGUAAGCAUGUGCAAAAUCAUAAAGACACCUGGCAUGUCUGGGCCACUAUAAGUAGCUCAGUGUGACUGGAGCAACAGCGAGUGGGUGUGGAGCAGAGAAGUCUGGAAAGGUCUCCUGGAAGCAUUGGCAAUGAACUUGAGAAUCCAGCCCAGAGUGGUCUGAAGCUGUCAGAGGAAGCAGAGGGAGUCCUGGGGAAGAUGGCCAUGGCCCCAAGCCCUUCCCUGGCUCAGGUGUACACCAGCCCCGUGGCAGUGGCCGUGUGGGAAUGGCAGGAUGGGCUGGGCACCUGGCACCCUUACAGUGCUACUGUCUGCAGCUACAUAGAGCAGCAGUUUGUCCAACAGAAGGGCCAGCGCUUUGGGCUGGGGAGCCUGGCCCACAGCAUCCCCUUGGGCCAAGCUGACCCCUCGCUGGCCCCUUACAUCAUCGACCUCCCCAGCUGGACGCAGUUCCGCCAGGACACUGGCACCAUGCGGGCUGUGCGGAGGCACCUGUUUCCGCAGCACUCAGCCCCAGGCCGGGGCAUCGUCUGGGAGUGGCUGAGUGAUGAAGGCUCCUGGACACCCUAUGAAGCCAGCAUCUGUGACUACCUGGAGCAGCAGGUGGCCAGGGGCAACCAGCUCGUGGACUUGGCUCCUCUGGGGUACAACUACACUGUCAACUAUGCCACCCACACGCAGACCAACAAGACCUCCAGCUUCUGCCGGAGCGUGCGGCGCCAAGCAGGGCCCCCUUACCCAGUCACCACCAUCAUCGCUCCACCAGGCCACACAGGAGUGGCCUGCUCUUGCCAUCAGUGCCUCAGCGGCGGGGGAACUGGCCCUGUGUCAGGCCGCUACCGCCACUCCAUGACCAGCCUCCCCGCCUACCCUGUCCCCCAGCCCCCCCACAGGACUGCUGUUGUUUUGGGGGCCCACCAGGCCUUUGCUCCAUACAACAAGCCCUCGCUCUCUGGGGCCAGGUCUGCGCCUAGGCUGAACACCACCAACCCCUGGGCUGGGGCACCACCCUCCCUGGGGAACCAGCCCAUCUACCGCUCCAGCCUGUCCCACCUGGGACCACAGCACCAGCCCCUGGGACCGUCCACGGCCGGCGGCGCCAGUGCCUACCUCCCCAGCGGUCCAGCAAGCAGCCCUGGGAGCGUCCCCGCCACGGUGCCCGUGCAGAUGCCGAAGCCCAGCAGGGUCCAGCAAGCCCUCGCAGGCAUGACGAGUAUUCUGAUGUCAGCCAUUGGACUCCCUGUGUGUCUUAGCCGCGCACCCCAGCCCGCCAGCCCUCCCGCCUCCUGUCUGGCCUCUAAAAGUCACAGCUCAGUUAAAAGAUUGAGGAAAAUGUCCAUGAAAGGAGGGCCUCCAAAGCCAGAGCCAGAGCAAGUGAUAAAAAACUAUACUGAAGAGCUGAAGGUGGCCCCGGAUGAGGACUGCAUCAUCUGUAUGGAGAAGCUCUCUGUGGCAUCUGGGUACAGCGACGUGACUGACAGCAAGACCAUCGGGCCCAUGGCCGUGGGCCGCCUGGCCAAGUGCAGCCAUGCCUUCCACUUGCUCUGCCUGCUGGCCAUGUACUGCAAUGGGAACAAGGAUGGAAGCUUGCAGUGUCCUUCCUGCAAAACCAUCUACGGGGAGAAAACUGGGACCCAGCCCCGGGGGAAGAUGGAAGUGUUCACGUUCCAGGUGUCCCUCCCUGGCCACGAGGACUGCGGGACGAUACUCAUCGUGUACAACAUUCCCCACGGCAUUCAGGGCCCGGAGCACCCCAACCCUGGAAAGCCGUUCACCGCUAGAGGGUUUCCCCGCCAGUGCUACCUUCCAGACAACGCCCAGGGCCGCAAGGUCCUGGAGCUGCUGAAGGUGGCCUGGAAGAGGCGACUUAUCUUCACCAUAGGGACGUCCAGCACCACGGGCGAGACGGAUACGGUGGUGUGGAACGAGAUUCACCACAAGACAGAGAUGGACCGCAAUGUGACGGGCCACGGCUACCCCGACCCCAACUACCUGCAGAACGUGCUGGCCGAGCUGGCCGCCCAGGGGGUGACCGAGGACUGCCUGGAGCAGCAGUGACCGUGGCCUUGGCUGGCCUGUCUCUGCCCCCACGCGGGCCGCCCCUGGGACGGGCAGAUGGGAAGGUGCCUUUCCUCAGAAGCUGGAGUAUGCGUGGGGGCACAGGUGUGCUUCACGUGGAGCCUGGGCUUCUCCUGCCUGCCCCCCCCCCUCCCCGCCAGGCCCGGGUGUGCGUGGGACUUGGGGGCGAGCCUGGGAGUUGUAUUUGUGGGGGCUUAGGAUGCAGCUACCUCAGUGCAUGGGCCCCUCCGUCCUCGGCGGGCUGUGUUGGGCCCUCCGUGCCGGGGGCCUGGCAGGGGGUGAGAAGAGACGUCCUCGCCCCUAGCCAGGGCAGGCCGGGGUCUGGGUGAGCUUCUCAUACCUCAGAUGUUCAGUUUGCAAUAAAUGCCCUACAGCCAAAGUCAGGCUCCAGUGGGUUUGUCGGGGAGAGGCUGCAUGUGUGUAAGUGCACGUGUGUGUGCACAAGACCUGAUGCAGGAAGGCCAGCACACGCACGUCUACUGCCCAUGCAACCCCUGUUUCCUCAAUGACGAGACCCAGGCUGCAGGCAAGUCCAGGAGCCCAGGCUGCUGGCCUGAGCUGCUCCCAGAGCCCCACCCCAUCCUCCUCGCAGGGGGGUGUCCAGCAACCCUGCCGGGUCCCGGCUUCCUAGGCUCUGCUCAUACGGGACAGGGGCUGCUUUACAGAUUAGGAAACUGAGGUUCAAGGGUGCCGUGACUAGAGGUAGAGCCAGGGCUGGACCCUGAGCCAGGGUUGGUCUGACGCCAAUCUCAAAGUCCUGAUUCUCCUUGGCCUCUUGGAAGGAGGAUCCCCUAUUCCCAGGCUUGCUGUCUGCCUUUAGGAGUGGUUGGGGCUGCGGUGGGAGGAAACUCAGGGCUUCAUUAUGCAUGGGCCAGGGGAGAUUUUGCCUUCAGAAGCCCUCUUCUCCUAAAAAAUUAGGAGUUCCCUGGUAGCACAGUGGGUAAGGAUCCAUCAUUGCCACUCCUGUGGCUUGGGUCACUGCUAUGGCACAGGUUCAGUCCCUGGCCCAGGAACUUCCACAAUGGUCAAAAAAGAAUGAAUUCCAUCUUAACGAUGUUUUUGGUACAAAGAUGAAUAUAGUUUAGAGCAUUUUCUUUUAUCUAAAAGUUCCUUUUUUUUCCUUCUAAUUUUAAAAGAAAUUAAGGCGUUUUUUUGGUGGGUCCCUAAAAGUAUCAUGGGUCCGGAGCACUGUGUCUGCUGCCUUGUAGGAAGUUGCUCUAGGGGCUUAAGGAGGCCUCGAGAAAAGCUGAACCCCAGCCUUGUUUAGUUCCACAGGGAGACUCUCUGCUGCUCACAGGGCACCAGGGUUGGGUGGGCACUGAGUGCCGGUCCUCCCCCCCCCCCCCCCCGCCACUCCCAGCUUCCACCAUGACAGCAGAGUGAGAGUCAGAAUGAGAGAAGAUGUUGGCAAAUCCUAUACCUGAUAAGGAUCUUAUAUCCAGAUUCUGUCAAGAACUCUUAGAACUCACCAAUAAAAAGACAAAUUCCCAAUUUUUUUUAAUGGGCAAAGGACUUGAAUAGACCUUUCUCUGAAAAAGAUAUACAGAUGGCUGACAAGCGCAUGAAAAAUACUUGUCAUGAGGGAAACGCAAAUCAAAGCCACAAAGUAAUACUACCUCAUAGCCACUAAGGCAGUUAGUAUUAAAAAAAAAAAAAAAAAAAAAGCCCUUUCCCCCAUCUUUCCAUGCGAACAACUGGUGCACGUGAAUGUCCUGGCUGACGCCCUCAAGAGCAUCAGCAAUGCUGAAAAGAGAGGCACAGGCCAGCUUCUUAACAGGUCGUGCUCCAACAUCAUCGUUGCAUUUCUAACCGUGAUGACGAAGCCUGGUUACGUUGGCCGAUUUGAAGUCAUCAGUGAUCGUAGAGCUGGGAAAAUGGUUGUGAACCUCCCAGGCGGACGAAAUAAGUGUGGUGUUAGCCCCAGGUUUGAUGUGCAACUCAAAGACCUAGAAAAGUGGCAGAAUAACCUGCUCCCACCCCAUCGGUUUGGCUGCAUUGUACUGACCUCCUCAACUUGGCGUCAUGCACCAUGGAGAAGCAAGACGAAAACACACAGGAGGGAAACUCCUUGGGUUCUUUUUCUAGGAGUGUAAUACAUACAUGCAAAUAAAAUGGUGCAGUGGAAAGAAAAAAAGCAAAUGUUGAUGAGGGUGUGGAGAAAUUGUGCAGUGCAGUGCCUCAAAAAGUAGUUAUCAGGGAGUUCCCUGGUGGCACAGCAGGUUAAGGAUCUGGCAUUGUCACUGCUGUGGCUCAGGUUAGGUCCCUGCUGCAGGAACAUCCACGUGCUAUGAGUGUGGCAAAAAAUAAGUGAUAAUUUUUUUUUUAAAAAUGUAGUUACCAUGUGACUCAGCAAUUAAACUAGAUAAAUAUAUCCAAGAACUGGAGACAUGUCCACACAAAAACUUAUACUCAUGUUCAGGGAAACGUUCGUAAUAGCCAAAAAGUGGGACCAACCCCAAAAUAUCCAACAACUGAUGAACAGAUGCAAUGUGACCUAUCUGUACAAUGGAAUGCUGUUCAGCCAGAAAAAAGAAUGAACUAUGAAUACAUACAACCUGGAUGAGCCUUGAAAACAUUUCUGCCAAGUGAAAGAAGCCAGGCAGGAGUUCCCACUGUGACACAACAGUACUGGCGGCAUCUCUGGAGCACCAAGACACAGGUUUGAUCCCCGGUCUGGCAUAGUGGCUUAAGGAUCUGAUCCCUGGCCUGGGGAACUCCAUAUGCCAUGGGGUGGCCAAAAAAUCAAGGAAGAAAGAAAGGAGAGAGAGGGAGGAGAGGCAAACCCAUAGACAGAAAGUACAUUAGUGGUUGCUAGGGGGAGGGGAAUGGAGAAUGCCUGUUUUAAUGGGUGUGGUCUUUCCUUUUGGGGUGAUGCAAAGGUUCUGGAAUCUGGUGAUUUAUGUCCAAUGAAAUGUAAGAUGAAGUCUACAGGGGCUUCUAGGAAAGCUUGUUUUUCUGAUAGAAGAGAUGGAUUGGGUAACACCUCCCUGUUCCUCCCUUCUCCAUACUUGAGGAUGUGAUGCCAGGAGCUAUAGCAGCUAUCUUGCUACAAUGAGAAAAAGGCCAAGAGAAUCUCAGACAUUGACUCUAUCAGCAUUUGACCAAGCCCCUGCCAACAGGCGUCCUCCUCCAGAAUUGUUAAUAAAAAUAAAACCCUUCUUCUUUAAGCAAAAACAAACACCCCCCUAACCACCGCACUAUAUAUUUUAUGUCAUUUUUAUUUUAUUUUUUGGCCAAGCAGGCAGCAUGCAGAAGUUCCCAGGCCAGGGACUGAACCCUUGCCACAGCAGUGAUAACGCCAGAUCCUUAGCUCACUGAGCCACGAGGGAACUCCAGAUGGUACAUUUUUAAGGAAUAUGGUGUGUGAAUUGUAUCUUAACAACAAAAAAAAAUUAUAUACAUAGUGAGAACCCAUGGGAACAACAUAUGCAGGGGACUUGGCAGCUGUCCAGGGUCUGCAGCCCUUUCUCGGACUCCGUUACUCCUUUGGACAAAGGACCUGAGGAUGAGGGAGGAUGUGGCCUGGUGGAGGGAGCGCAGGGCCCAGAGAUGGCCGCAGGGCCAGGAGGCUGUGAUGGGGCUGGAGCCAGGUGAGUUGGGCGGCCUGCUUCCUUCCAGGGGCUGGAUGGAAGGCUCCAGGGAGGCUCGGGCACCUGAGGUGCAGGAAUCUCAGGCAUGUGGCCCUGAGCCCAGGCUUCCAGAGAUAGGACUCCUCCCAGGGCUGGAAGGCUGGGUGGGACCCACAUCCAGACAGGGGCCUCUGGGGUGACCUGGCAUCUGCGGGUCUGGAAGCCUUGCUCCCUCAGGACUGGCACUGGCUUGCCCAGCUCCCUCCCCGUGGUGGGCUGGGCUGGGAGGAGGGGUGGGGGUGCACUUACAUUUUCAGGUCUUUCAAGCCCCUGGCCAGCCAGGCAGCCUGACUAACCAGCUCCUCCAGACCCGAGGUGUUGGGGGAGGGGGUGUGGCUGGAGGCUGCCAGACCAGCCCCAGGCUUCGGAUGUGGAGGAAGGCCCGGUGGGUGCUCUGAAGGCUGUCAUGGGGCUCCCCUGGAGGCCGCCUCGCCCUUGGCUGCUGCCCCUCGUGGUGCUGGUCUGGGCCCAGCCCUGCAUGAGCCUCGAGCUCAUCCCCUACAAGCCGCAGAUAACGGCCUGGGACCUGGAAGGGAAGGUCACGGCCACCACGUUCUCCCUGGAGCAGCCGCGAUGUGUCCUGGACCAGCACGCCAGUGCAGCCGACACCAUCUGGCUGGUGGUGGCCUUCAGCAACACCUCCAGGGACUUCCAGAACCCGCAGACACUGGCUGAGAUCCCAGCCUCCCCACAGCUGCUGACAGAUGGCUACUAUAUGACGCUGCCCCUGACCCUGGACCAGCUGCCCUGUGAGGACCCACUGGGUGGCAGUGGGGGCGCCCCUGUGCUCAGGGUGGGCAAUGAUGCCGGCUGCCUUGCUGACUUCCGUCAGCCACGUUACUGCAACUCCCCCCUCCCCAGCCCUGGACCUUACAGGGUGAAGUUCCUGCGGCUGGACUCCAGGGGCUCACCCCAGGCCGAGACCAGCUGGUCUGACCCCAUCGCUCUCCAGCAAGGCAAGUCCCCAGGCUCCAUCGACACGUGGCCGGGGCGGCGGAGUGGUGGCAUGGUCGUCAUCACCUCCAUCCUCUCUGCUCUGGCCGGCCUCCUGCUCCUGGCCUUCCUGGCAGCCUGCACCGUGCGCUUCUCCAGCCCGUGGUGGUCCGAGGAGGCCCCAGAGCAGCUGCGGAUCGGCUCCUUCAUGGGAAAGCGCUACAUGACCCACCACAUCCCGCCCUGUGAGGCUGCCACCCUGCCCAUGGGCUGCGAGCCUGGCCUGGAACCCCUCCCCAGCCUCAGCGCCUAGCCUGGCCCAUAUAGCUGAGCGGUGGGGGCACAGGGGUGCACUGCCCCCAUCCGCAACCCCUGCACCCACGUGCCCCUCCCCCACGCCCCCUCCCACCCGGCCUGAAAUCCCACCACUAGCAGCCCAGCCCUGCCUCUGGCUUUCUCAUUUCCCCUCUCCAGGCAGUGAGGUUGCAUUCAGGGGAGGGCUGUGGUCAGGCUGGCCCCCACCUCCAUCCCUGCCUCUGUUCUGCCUGCCUCAAGCGAGGCUGAGGCAGCGUGGAGAGAUGUGGAGAGAAUGCCUGGACAGGAAGGCUCCAGGCCCCAGGAAGAGGCCUGCGGGUGCCUUGUUCUGUCCUGGGCAGGGGUCCAGGCUGGGCCCAUCAUGAGGGUCUGUGAGGCCUGAGCCUCCCUCUGUCCCUCUCUCUCAUCCACCAGUGGCUGGGGCUGCAGUGAAGCCUUUAGAGAUGCCUCUGCUGUCCCUGGACACUGGCCCUUUCUGAGGGUGGCUCUCACCGGCUGGAAGGUCAAACAGAAAGUAGACAUGUUAUGAUCGUCUGGCCACCACUUCUAAGCCCCUUGCACAUAGAUGGCUCAUGGACUUAUCCCCUCACUCUCCCUCCACAGCACUUACUGAGCGCCUGCUGCAUGCCAUGCACAGUAUUAGACAUGGACACUCUCUGAGAGCCCAUUGCUGGUCUUGGGGAGCUCACUCACUGCUCUGGGCCUCAGAUGAGCACAUGUCCUGAUGUUACUUUUGGGGGGCUAUCACGCCUUUGGAUUGUCACACACCAUCGAGAUCCGGGGCUUUCUGGGGUCCACCAGCGCCCAUCACCCAGGAGGACAGGCUUCAGACUCGGGGCCGUUCGUCGGCAAGGCCGGUGGUUCCCACUACGGCCACAAGGAGGCGCCAGUGCACCACAGCCGCAGGGUCCUGCGCGUGCGCACGCCGAAGCGCCGCAGCGCGUCGGUCCCUCCCAAUGACCCGGGGUCCACAAGCGGCCGCCGCUCAGCGGGGUCUCUGGAGGUCAGGGCUCCAGGUCCUUCCUUGGCCAAGGCAGAGGGAUCAGCAGUCAUACUCCCGCUUGAGGAUCUACAGUGUGUCUGUCGUCCGGUCCGCACAGCUUCCACCGUUUUCUAGAUGGAAAAAGUGAGGCUCAAUAACCUCUCCCUGCCCCACCCCCACCCCCACCCCACCCCGCCGCCACCACGCUCUGUCCAGGGUCACCGCACCAUGUGUCCCCAGGCCGCUCUGGACCGUCUGUUCUGACUGCGGCUCCCAGCAUACAGGCUCCCGGAGGAGGGCACCCAGCCUGUCCCUCCCACCCUUCUUGGAGAUGAAUAAAUGCAGCCUGGCUCCUC